CGUUCUCUCAGUAGGGGAAACCUUGUUUGUUACCGCGGCCCUCAUCCAGCGGAGUUUUCCACGGUAAAGAAGACGGAUCGGAUUUUCAGUACCAACUAGAAAGUCCAGUUCGACCAACCGAGAUGUCACAGGAGCAUGACAAUAAGCGUGCGGUCCUGGUUCUCCAGAACGAGCAGGGAUAUGGAGGCCAGCGUCGCUCCUUCACCACAGAAGAUGAAGCCUGGAAAUCCUUUCUGGAGAACCCGCUGACUGCUGCCACCAAGGCCAUGAUGAGCAUAAACGGAGACGAGGACAGCGCCGCAGCUCUGGGCCUGCUCUACGACUACUAUAAGGUGCCCCGGGAGAAGAGAACAAUAACCCAGAGCAAGCCAGAAGCCCUCGUCUGUGAUGUGGAUCCUAACAAAAGCAGACACCAGCUCCAGACCGUGCACCCCAUCGUUCCACAUCAGGAAGGCGGUAUGGAGAGCAGGAUCCAGGUCCUCAAGGGGCCCUUCAAUAUUCUUCAGCUGGCCCAGGACAAGCGAGCCCAGUUCCCCUCACCAGACACAACCGUCACUGUUUCCAUUGCCGCAGUGCCAAACUACCCGCCCGUCAAGACAGAGGUGCCAACCCACGGCUUCUCAGUGACCGUGCCAAACAACUGUGCCGAAACCGACGGCUAUGACCGCCAUCUCUCCCACAACACGGUACAGUUCAGCCCCAGCACCCAGUCCCGCACGCCCCCCGACUCCACCUUCGAGAGUUACAAGGAUGGUUCCCAGGAGGUGUUUUCCUUCCCAGGGGAUCUCCAGUUACGUAUGUCCUCCAUGACGCCUGAGGACUACACUCAGUUCAACACUGUGCCGGGGAAUAACUUUGAGUACACUCUUGAGGCGUCCAAGUCUCUGCGUCAGAAGACAGGUGACGGGACGAUGACGUACCUCAACAAGGGCCAGUUUUACCCAAUCACCCUCAGGGAGGUUGACAACAAAGGCAUGCGGCAACCCAUCACCAAAGUCAGGAGUGUAGUGAUGGUGGUGUUUGGAGAGGAGAAGUGCAGGGAUGAUCAGCUGAAGCACUGGAAGUACUGGCACUCCAGACAACACACUGCCAAACAGAGGUGUCUGGAUAUUGCUGACUACAAGGAGAGCUUCAACACCAUUGGCAACAUCGAGGAGAUUUCCUAUAACGCCAUUUCCUUCACCUGGGACACCAACGAUGAGGCCAAAAUCUUCAUCUCCGUCAACUGUCUGAGCACCGACUUCUCCUCCCAGAAGGGCGUGAAGGGUCUUCCUCUGAACCUGCAGAUCGACACCUACAGCUACAACAACCGCAGCAACAAGCCCAUCCACCGCGCCUUCUGCCAGAUCAAAGUCUUCUGUGACAAGGGAGCCGAGAGGAAGAUCCGAGACGAGGAGAGGAAGCAGUCCCGCAGGAAAGGGAAGGUCACCGAGCACAACCCUAGCAUGAACUUUGUGGAUGUCAAAGUUCCCAUCCUCCAGAAACGCAACGACGUGACCAUCUUCAAGAUGAUGAACGACUACGAGACGCAGCCUGUCCUUUUCAUCCCUGACAUUCACUUUUCCACCUUCCAGCGCCACCCUUGCCCGACAGAAGAUGGAGAGGACAGCUCGGGCAUGAAGAGAUUACCCUUCAGUGAUGAUGAGUUCGGUUCGCCCCCAAGCAAGAUGGCGAGAGGGGAGGAACCAAAAAAAGUCCUGCUGUACGUGCGCAGGGAAACAGAGGAGGUGUUUGACGCCCUCAUGCUGAAGAUUCCCACGCUGAAAGGCCUGGUGGAAGCUAUUUCAGAGAAGUACGAAUUACCUUUGGAUAAGGUUGGAAAAGUCUAUAAGAAGUGCAAGAAAGGGAUCCUAGUCCACAUGGACGACAACAUCAUCAAGCACUAUUCCAACGAAGACACCUUCCAGAUCACCAUGGAGGAGAUGGGCGGCAUGUACAAACUCACCCUCACUGAAAUCUGAUUGAACAGGCGCAGGUGAUGGAGGACGAAUGAAAUGGAGCCGUCAGAAGUGGUUUACACGUCUAGCUAUGCAGUGAUUAUGCACUUGAUCUGACACUUAAAUCAUGUUGUCUUUGUGCUGCAUUAAUGUCAAAUGUCAGGUAUUUAAAAAAGAAAAGAAGAAAAAAAAAGCCAUAGCUCUUAAUAGACCGCAAUGUUGAUUAGAUAUGUAAGUUAGACUUUUUGAUUCAUUUAAAAAAACCUUUUUGUGCAUACGAAUCAACAAGUGAGGACAGGUUUGAUUGCUAUGACACCUUUUUAUUUUGUAUUCAGUAAGUUGCACCUCAGAUAAUAGUGCCUACUUUUGUAAAUGUUUGUGCAGAGUAUUUGUAGUGCUGCUAUACCUCAUGCUAUGCAGGCAGCGUUGUUUCUUUUUAUGAAGAGAAACGUCUCAUCUUUCCCUUCCUAAAGCCAUAGCACUGAUGAUUAUAAUCUGUAAAGUUGGGUAUUUCGCGCUCAAAAUGAAGACGGCAAAUUGUUGAUGGAACCCCAGUGGUUCAGUGUAUUAAUACUAAAGAACAUGGCAGUAUUUAGUGUGUAAAACUCUUCAACCAUCAUACAAUUAGGGUAGAAUAAUGUAAAUGUUUGUUUGUUUUUAUUUAGCGUAGGAUACAUGUUUGUGAAUGAAAUUACUUAAAAGAUGUUUUUUUUGUCAGAUAGAUAUAAAAAAAAGACCUUUGUAAGUGUUAAAUAGUCACUAAAUAUAUUGAUAAUAAUGCUAAAUCACAGCUUCCCCUGUAGAAUAGUUUUCUGAAUGUUGAUGUAAUAGGUCAAUAAAUGUAUUUUACAGUCA